UUUGCCCGGCGAUGGUCUCCAUUCAAACAACUGCACCAAUUGGUGGUCAAUGCCGUCGCAGACAGAGCCUCCCAGAGAGGGUCCGCCGAUUUGGACACUACUCUCAUGAGACAUAAAACUGAUUUCAUAUCUCUGCUGAAGAACCCGGCGAGGAAUGCAUUACACAAAGAGAUUGUGAUGAAUGCGUCCAAAGAUGGUAUUGUUGUGAUUGAACAGCAGAAUAGAGUGAAGACUACAAUACCGCAGAUUAUGAUCGACGAGGCGCUACUCAUGAGUGAGAUGUUUGAGUUGAAUGAGUUGUCGGCUCUGGAGCUGAUAAUCGCCGGCGAGAACCAGGAGUCGAGGUUUGCGGGACUGACUCGCGGGCCAAUCGCUGUCCUCCUCUAUCUGGACGGCCGUAAGAGUCUGUUGAGUGCUCUUCACUGUGUGGUUCAGGCGAGCGCCGGCAGGACGUGGUCUCUGAAAGUGAACCGCGACUCCAGUCGAGUGAUCAACAGAUUCACCGAAGAGCUCAAAAACGAAGGCAUUAUAAUGCAGUGCAUCGACCAGUUGUCAGCACUUGAUAUCAAAGCUGAGUUUGAAUUACUCGAACGGAACCGAGCGUUGGGUGCCUUCAAGUAUAGGAAGCAAGUGUUGGAUCUCCUCAAAGACAUUCAACAGCUGUUGGCAAACAUUAUAUUUUGUUAUUCAGCGCAAACUGAUCUCAGUGUCAAUGAAGUCCACAAAUUGGUUCAACUCAUCUCCAGAAUGUCUAAAACCACAUCCAAGGGCUCCUUGGACUCGGUGUCGACCACUUUAUUGAUGUCAUUGUUGUAUGUAAUUGAUGUCCACUUCUUGCAAUUCGCCGAAGAAAAUGAUAAAAGGAUUUCAACCAACUCUUUGCUUAAGAACUCGGAAUUAUUCCAGGAUUUGGAGCGACAACUGAAUCAAAAUAUAUUUAGCGUAAAAGAAAUCAAAACAAUACUUCAGUUCAGUUUAGGCAUUGGUGUGAAAACUCUGUCUUUGCAUCCAAUCAUUGGAAUCGAGUGCGACGUCGAAGAAGAAAAACUUAUUGAUAACACAAUUGAAGAGAAAGUUUUCGAGUCAUUGAAUACUUUGAUUGGUUUUAAUGAAUACGUUUCGAGAGAAGAGUUUUAUAUACGAAGAAUUCACGACUUGAUAACAGAUUUCAUUGUCUUAAUGCCCAUCAAAAUCAAAGAACUCAAAGACAAAGGCGACGAAAUCGGAAGAAUAAUCAGCGCGUAUUCGGCGGAAGGCAUUCAACCGCCGGCCACACUUCAGCGACACUUCGAGAAGCUCUUGUACUUUUUGGCCCAACUCUACAGCAAAGAUGACUAUUCAUUGACUCACGAGUUUUGGCCGACACUUAAUGAAGGAAAGCAGUCGACGCAUAGACAGCAGUCGUUGCAUAAGUUCAUCCGAACCAUUCAGGACUCCUUCUUUCCCCCAAUUCUUCACAUUCCAGUCAUUAAACUCUUAAAGUCUUUGGCCAUCAGUUCGGCUUUCAAUGUCUUCAAUCUCAUCAAAAGCCCAGCCCUUCACUUGAGUUCACAGUUUUCUAUGGACGCCUUCAACACAUCUCUUCUUCAAUACUAUAACACUGUUCGCGGAUCUGAUAAUAAGGAAAGAGUGAACGCCAGCACUAACCCGUUUGGUUUGGCUAACAUUCAUAUAGCACUUCCUGGACAGCACCGGCUCACCACUGGUAUUGAGUCGGAGAUUAUUUGUGCGAUAAUAGAGUUGAUUGAAGUGAUUGUUACAAAUGAUAAAACGUGUUGUUUAGCCAUCGCUGAGAAUCUUCAGUAUUCGAUAAUCGCAUCACUGAUAGGAAUCCUGAGAUGUGCUGUUCCUAAAGAACUAAAGGCCGCUGUUUUGAACUGUUUGUCCGGAUUUGCUUCGUCUUCAUCGUCGGUUUCAAUCAUGAUUUGGUCGAAAAUCGAUGGAAUUUUACCUAAAUUUAUGCCGAAUGUGACCUCAACUGUGCCAAUGGAUCCGUCAUUACAGCACCGGUUAUGGCAAAACGGAAUCGGUAUUGAAAUCGAGGAGAUUGAGGCCAAGAAUGAAGAAUAUCCCAUAACUAUAGGGUUCGUGCGACUCAUGAAAUCUCUGUUUAUUCACUACGACUCCAAUCAAUCACAACAACAGUCUUCAGCCGAAGUGUGUCUUAAUUUUGUGAUCAAUUCAAUACUUCUUAAAACAAAUGCAAGAGCUUUCAAAAUAGACGAUCAGAAAUGGAUUAUAAACACAAUUUGUUACGAAAUCUUACAAACAGUGAUCGAGAACUACGAGCCCGCAGUCGAGGGAUCCAACUCUAAGGCGGCGUUCACUAUAUUCUCGCAAACAUUACAAGAGAGCGGACUUUUCAGACAAAUAUUGUAUACUUUAGAAGAAAUUGCCGACACUUUUGAGAAACAAAUGCUUUCCGUUUGUUUUGAAAGUGAAACCACUUUUUCUAAACUCAUUGAAAACUGUGCGCUCAAUGGGCUUAGGAUUUUGAAAUUGAUUUGUGAGAAGCAAAACGACUUCAUAGAUAUGGUCCAUGAAAUUCCCGGCUUUCCAUUGGCUAUAAUUGCUAAAUUUGAUGUACUGUUUAAUAAUGUGAAUCCAAGAACCGGUGCCAUCGAUAGGCUGUCCACUCUUAUACGACUCAUAUAUCUUCCGACUCAGGCCUCGAUCGAGACAUUAAAAGUGUUGAACAGUCUUUGCAAAAGCAAUCAAGAAGUGUCGCACUUAUGUCUAACACAACUCCAGUCUUCAGACUCCAAAGUGUUGACCAAUGAAUACAUUAUCAACUCAUUCGUCGAUUGUCUGGAAUCUGAUUCCAAAGAGCUUCGUUUGGAAGCACUAAAUCUGAUCGACACGUGUUUGGAUUUCGUUCGCGUCAACCAUUCGUAUAAUUUUGCGCAUAAAUUGUUGGGAAUCGACAAAACCAGAGCUCUUCUCAAAGAAGCCGGAAAUUUGGGCCAAUCUUUCACUUGUUUUCAUUCAAUUUUAUCGUUUUUUGAUUCGACGGCUGAUAUCGAAGAGUAUGUCGAAGAGAGAAGACUCGGAAUGAAAAUACUUUACAAACUUUGUGUCACUCACUAUACAUUUGAGACUGUAUUGAGAUUUUUGAGAACUAGUUAUGACUUUAUUAUCCGAUACUUGCAUUCAUGGGAUCGGAUGCGUUCCGAAUCGGAUUAUAACCAAGAAAUGCAAGAAUUAUUGCUCCAAGAAAUGACAUAUUUUCUGCGAAUUCUGGCCAUUGAUAUAAAGAUAACGUCAGAACAGAACCUGAAGACUCAUUGCGCAACUUAUGUCAACUUCUUGUUCACUGAAACCAAAAGGGGACGCAUUCUCGACCUCUUGAGUCCAAUACUGUUCAUUCACUCGCAUCCAGUUUUGCCUAAUUUAGAGUUUUUCGAACAAAAAGGAUUGUGGAAAGCCAUCAAUGAGUGCUCCACUGCUAGCAAAUCGGUUGAUCUCAAAGCACUUCACCAGCGACUGCUCAAUGAAAUCAGAUUAAUUGGUCCCCAACUGGGAGUCAUUCAAACAAAUCUCGUGAGAAAUGAGUUGAAGACUAUUUUGGCGUUUGGCGCCUCUUUGAAUGAAUCGCAACAGAAGUUAAACAUUAAAACAAAAUACUUUGACUCUUGGCGUGAAUUACUUGAGAUACUAAUCAUAACGCGAUGUUUGGAAUCGUGUGAAGAAGACUUGAGAAUCAGAUAUUUAAUGGAAAUAAUUGUUGAAUUGAUUAAUAGAGCGUCUGAUUCGUCGACAUCUGUCACUCUAUUGAGUCCCAUCUCGUCGUCUGUGCUCAUGAUAUCGUCGACACUGUUUGUCAAUAAAUCUCAGGCCAUGACCUCAAAUGUGGUGACAUGUCUGAAGUCCAUACUAUCAAUACUGGACUCGUCUUCACCAGUCGUGUGGAGCGAUCAGAAGAUAACUCGCGUUAAUUUCUAUGCAUCCCUUCUCUAUCUGUUUCGUUCCCUACCUUUCAAUUUAUUCAAUGAAUUCAAAUAUACAAACAGACUUUUGGAGCGUUUAUCCAAAGAUAUGCUGUCCGGUCACGAAGUGGCAAAAGUGUUGUCCAUUUCGCUCCUAAACAGAAGUGAUCUCUCGGUUUGGUUGAGUGAGAUCUCAUCUAAUGGUACUUUAAGACAACUUUUGGAGACAUUAGUGUCUGAUGACCGCGAAAUUAGAGCUAAUAAUUUUGAAUUCAUUAAAACUUUUUAUGGUUUCGAAGCAAAAAUGAUGCUUUUGUUGCAAAUCUAUUCGUCACCCAAUUCCACGCAUUCACCCAUUAACAACUUGGAUGUGAUGUCAGCCCUCGAGUCUAUUCAGAGCUUCGAUAUGUAUCCCUAUUUAGUCGGACAGAACACUGUCUGCCAUAAAGUGUUUGUCGACAUUCUUCGGCUCAUCCUAACGAUGUCCACCACUAAUAACCAACAGAUCAUUAAUGAGUUGUCUGAGUUUAUCAACUGUCGCACCACUCUAUCAGAUAUCCUCCGAAUGGCGCCCAACAUGAAGAACGGCACCGAAGGAAAAGAAGUGUUGGUAUUGAUAACAAAAGUGAUUUGUCGUCUCAUAUCGCAUAUCAACAAAUCAACACAAAUCAGUUUCAUUGGACUUCUCUCCCAUUAUUGCAAUGAUUUGUCCACUUCUGAAGACUUGGAGAUUGUGUUCAAUAUUCUGUUCGGUUGUAUUCAAUUCAGCCGAACAAAUGCACUGUUGCCACUGUUUGAGCCGAGUCUGUCCAACCGGGACUCCAAACUCAUAACACAUCAACCGUUGGGUCUUUUGGUCACAAUUAUCAACAACUGUUGCGCCAAAUCUAAUGAGAGUCUGAAUGUGUUGCCAAUCGUGGAAUCGGCUCUUUAUCUUCUGUGGCAUCACUUGAAUCUAUUCUUCUCUGUACUCAAUAUCGCAGACGAAAGACAACAAGAAGUUGAGAACAUGAAGAGUGAAUCGGAAUACAUAUUAAGUGAUGUAUUCUUCUCGAAAAUACAAGUCAUGUCCCAAAAGAAUACAUUUGUGGACGCAUUGGUUCGUCGCAUCAAACGGAUAAUACUUCUCAAGAAGAAUAUAUCCAUUUAAACGACAAUUUAAUCACAAAUUAUUAUUUUGUAAUCAUUUUAAUGCCAAUAAUUAUUUCCGUAUAGAUUUUUAUCUCAAAAAAGUUGUCUUUCUAUUAAUUAAUAAAAUAAGGAUUAAUUAAAAC